AUGGUCGAUCCCACAGCUAAAGAGGACCUCUCCUCCACUUUGGACUCCAGCUUGUAUGAUGAUGUCCAGGCUCUUUUCAAAGAGAUGAAGAGCGAGAGUUGUUCCCACAAAGGAAUGCUGGUAUGGAACCUCCAAAGGAAGGUGGAAGUCAAUCCUUCCUGCAGCCUUUCAAUAAUCUCAAUUCUGGUCCAAAACCUGGAGAAGACGUUAACAACAGUUUCCAAGCUCCAUGAGAACGAAGCCUACAUGUCUGUCAACCCAGUGCUGCACACGCUCUACUAUGUAGUCAUUCAGGCAGGUGUCACAAUUCCUAAAGGUCUUUAUCACAAAGCGUAUCAGUGUUUGGGGAAACUGCUGAUACUGCCAUCGCCAUACUCCACUGUGGCUCUGCACACUCUGAGGAGCAUCAAGAUGGAACUGACUGCACCAGGAUCUCUGUACCUGAAGAGAGUCAUCGCAGAGCAAAAUAUCAAGAAUGAGCAUUUUGCUGCCAGGGAAAAAGUGUUUGUGCUGGCAGACCCAGCUGUGUUUUCUGUUUCACUGGAAGCUAAGGUUAGAGCAUACUUGGAAGUGUCACGCCGGCUCACAAACACACGGACUAUGGAGAAAAGUGUGCUUUGUCGUGUGCUGGAGACAGGGUUAGGGAUGACCUGCCAAAGCUCCAGACUAGCUCAAGCUCUUGAGGUUUUACAGAACCAUGAUGUGAGGCAAUAUUUCCAGGAUGUGGUUGAAACUGUGAAGCAGAGUUUACAGCAUGGUCCCGGCAGUCGUGCAGAUUAUCUGAAGGAGCUGAAGCAGAUAUACAAACACAUCUUGGAUGCCUCUGAAAAAGAUGUAUUGAAUGAUGAACAAGGUCCUGUGUACAGCACUAUGGUGCCCUUGCCAGAGAUGAACUUCCUCAUGUGGACAGAUGAAGAGAUGCUAUGGAAUCUGUUGACAGACUUUGCCCUACCUUCUGGCUCCAAAUCCAUUAAGGAUGGCAAAGAAAGGAUCUCAAGAGACAGCGGGAUAGUGAAAGACUUAAAGGACUCAGACGACGCAGAGCAGCUGCCUUACACGGCUGAAAAGACACUGCGGGAACGGAGAAAUGCCUUGAAGAACUCAAAGUCUGCAGAAAAACUGAGUCUGAUGAAGGAGAAGAUGAAGGAAGAUGUUACCGGAAACUCGCCUCUACUCAAAGAGGAGCGAAGUCACACGGCUCGAGUGGUGGUACUGGGGGACGACAGUACCCUGGGAAAGCUCACCAAGGCUUAUUACAUCAUACGCAAUAAAGAGGCCAAACGUAACAUGCUGACCAAGAAACUAGACCUGCAGCUGUACUACAUCCCAGUCUCUGAUGCAGAGGCUUCACUGAGUUCACCUGUGAGUUACACUGACACAUUCAAAGCAGCUCUGACAGGUGAUGAGAGCAGGUUGUCUUUGGCGUCCUGUUUGGAGAGAGUGGAUCCAUGGUACAGUGUCAACGUUAGCAGUCUGGGAGCUGCCAUCCCGACGCUACCUGAGCUGCCUUCUGUUUCCAGGAAACCGACAGAGCUGAGCCUUUACCUGUUGGACACCCUCUGUUACUACCUUCGCUGUGGGACACAGCCAGUUAACCUCCCGGUCUAUUCAGUUAAGAUGACCCUCUCCAACUCUGAUCUGGCCGUGGAGGAGCUGUUUGUGUCCCACGUGGAGGCCGACAUCCCAGAUUUCAGACACCUUAAAGACCGGCAGCAGAGGGAACCUUCUGUACGACAAAAGAAGUCAUCAGUGGAACUCUUUGGGGUGGUUCUGUCGGCCACUUUAAGCAAACGAGACGUUAAAGGAGAAGCAUCUAUGACCUGGCGUGUGGUGAUUACCUCAGAGCCGGCAGCUUCAGCGUCAGGGGAGAGUUACCUGACUGCAAGUUUUGACUCUCUGAACCCCGCAUACAGCACAAAAAUCGAAACUCGAAACAUCAGCAUCAGGACAAUGGAGCAACGAACACUCUGCGUGUGUCUGGACAAAGACCCUCGCAGGAUAUACACCAAUGUCCAAAAAAUAGAAAUCUCUCCAUGCUUGGACCCGGGUUGCACCAUUCGGUGUAGGUACAGCAUCGGCAGCGAGCAAGAGCUGCCACUCAGCAAGUAUCUGGACAAAGUCAUGUCACUGCCAAUCAACAGCUUCUCUGGUGUCAGCAUGUGA